AUGACAAAGGAAAUCACUCAAGAGGAUAUUGAGAAGUUGAAGAAGGAGACGCAGAAGGAUUUUAAGAAGAAUGCGACUUGGUUGGCUGUUUUAUUCGUCAUUUUUGCAAGCAUAAUCUUCUACGUUAUUAUGUCACUUCCCUCUUUUACUCAAAAAGAAAGGGAUAUAUUGUUCAGAAUUCCUAGAGAAGGAAAAGACUUGGAUCAGAUGUCCAAGGUAAUCAUGAGCUAUUCUGAUACAAACUAUUAUACUAUGUUAGCAGCUUUCGUAUGUCUGUAUUUAUUCCUUCAGACAUUUUCGAUUCCUGGUCCAACAAUUUUAAGCAUUUUGUCAGGUGCUUUAUUUGGAGGAGUUAAAGGUACUUGAAUAGUUUCAGUUUCAGCAACUAUGGGUGCUUCUAUGGCUUACUGAGUCUCUUGGACUCUCGGAAAACCCCUAGUAGUUAGAUUAAUCCCAGGUGCAAUCAUUAAGUUCUCCUCAAUGGUGAAGGAACAUAGGCACAAUGUCCUAUCAUACUUGCUCUUUUUGAGAAUUACUCCGCUAUUACCUAGUAUAAUCAUUAAUAUAUCUUCGCCAAUUCUUGGAAUUCCGCUCCCAACCUUUAUGUUUGCCACAUUUGUCGGGCUGAUCCCAGUCAAUAUUGUGCAUUGCAGAACUGGACUAAUCCUCUCAGAGAUCAGCCAGCUUGGCGGUACAAGCAUCUUACAAAUUUUUUGGCUCUUCGUUAUUGGAGGAAUAGCACUGAUCCCCACACUUUUUAAGAAGAAGUUAGAAGAUAAAUUUGAUCAAGUGACUCAUGCCAAAGAGAACCAAAAGAAGGAUGAUUAAUUUCAAGAAAAUUUCACAAAA